AUGGCGUCUGGUGUACCCUCUAAUGUACAUGUCUCCAAGCAUCCCUGUUUAAGGGCCAAGCUGUCGCAACUGCGCUCCAAAUCCACGAACGCUCGCGAAACCAAAAGUCUCGUUCAUGAUAUCGCGCUAUUGCUGGGGACAGAGGCGUUGUCCGACCUGCCUCUUGAGACUGCGGGAACUGAUGAAUCGCCCAUAGGAUAUGAGUACUCCUAUGAGUCUAUUGAUUGCACCAAGAUAACUCUGGUGCCCAUCUUGCGCUCGGGUCUGGGAAUGGUCGAAGCCAUUCAGUCGAUCCUUCCCGACCCAGUCUCCAUUCAUCACCUUGGCCUGUUCCGCGAAAAACUCUCCCUGCAGCCAGUUGAGUAUUACAACAACCUGCCUCAGUCAGAGACAUCCGCGGCGAAAUUGGCCAUCAUCGUCGAUCCUAUCAUCGCCACCGGCCAGACAGCUGUUGCAGCAAUUCAGUCGUUGAAAGAUUGGGGCGUUGAGAAGAUCAUCGUGUUGGGUGUUUUGGGCGCAGUUCCUGGUGUAACAAGAGCCGCGGAAGAAUGGCCAGAGGGAACACAGGUAUGGGUUGGAGGUAUUGAUGAGGAGUUGACGGAUAGAGGCAUGAUCAAGCCUGGCUUGGGAGACAUCGGAGACCGUCUCUUCCUCACCAUUGGCAAGUGA